GAGCGUCUCCUGGAGAGCCUGCCUGGGAAGAGGGUGGACAGGAAGAGUCUGGAGAGGCUUAAGAAGGCCUGCUCCCCCCAGCAGCAGAUACUACUCCUGUUGAGACUCUGGAGAGAACAGAACAAAGACCAGGUUAAACUCUACGGCAUCAUUCAAGGUGUGAACCACUGUGAGCGUAAGGUGUCCAGGUGUGCGGGUUUGAAGAACUUGACCCUGGGUGACCUGAUGAUGGUGAUGAAGAGUCUUCCAGGGGUCCGGGCUCACGAGGAAGACAUCAGGGCCGUGGUCUCCUCAUGCCGAUCCCAGCAGUACCUCCUGCAGCUCCUACACCUUUGGAAGAACCAGAACAAGGACCUGGACAUCAAUAAGGGUCUGGCUCACAGCCUGAGCAGGCUUCGGCAGCAGGGGGCACCACGCCCACUCCUCAGGAGCAUCAAGAAGAUCAACCGGAUCAUCUCCACCUCCUCCAUACACAAGAUGUACGAGAAGAUGUUCCUCAACAUGAUCGAGGACGGGACCUGCUUCAACACCAAACCCUUCAACCAAUAGGAGAAAUGGGGCGGGUCUAAGGUGGGGGAGGGGAGGGGCAGAACUGGGUUUCAAAUACUUAAAAAAUGUAGAAUUUGUUAGAGUCUGCCUGGAGUGUCAGAUGGAUGGGGUUUGACGUUUUGUGAUGUUUCUAUUGGUUUAUUGCUCCAGACAAGCUCAAUCAGGGUCAGAUAAAGGUUGUAAAUUCAUGUUUCAAGUAUUUGCAACCCAGGUCUGAUGGGGGUGGAUCCUAACGUCCACUUACGUCAAAUUUUCACUUGGUCUCCCAUUGAUAUCAAUGCAUGACUAAGUGAAAAUUCCAUUAAAAUGUAAAUUAGGAUUAGUCCUAACUGUGUGAAAAAACAGGGUUGGGGUCAAUUUAGUGGAAAUUCAAUUCAUGAGGAUUUUUAUUUCUGUUUGUGAAUAUGAAUUUGAAUUCACUUGCUGAAUUGACUGAAUUAAAAAUGGAAUUGAUUCCAACCUUAGCGAAAAGAGAAAACUAUUUAAAAUGUGUAUAUAGUCUGGUGUUUUUAAGGUGAGGUAGAGGGGUGAUAGG